AUGCUGCUUCUGAUUCCAGCUGCCGAUGCGGAUUCAAGUUUUUGCGCCAACUUUACCAUAGACCCUCCUUGCCGAUUGUGCGUAGAUGCUCCUGCAGUACCAGAACUGACGGCCUUUGCCGAGCAGCUUGCCUCUGCGACGCAGCGCGCGCCGCAGAGGUUGGCCGAGCGGUUGACGGAGCAGCUGCAGCAGUCUUGCCUCGAAGAGGCAGCCAUGGGCCAAAGCAGCUUCACUUGGGACAUGCAGCUGCCGUCCAACAGUCGCACGUUUAUGCACCAGGUAGCUCGCGCAUUUGCCUCGCGGGUGGACGCGCUGGGCUUCAAGCAAGUGGAGUGGUGGAAUGGAAGGGAAUGGAGCAAGCAGAGCCGCCAGUAUCAUAUCGUGCACGACCCGGUGUAUGAGAAGUAUCACAUGAAGAUUAAAGUGCACUGGCUCGAAAGGCUUCCGCAAGAGGAGGACGCUUCCGCGCCGAGGCGCCAGAUAACUCCUCAACCUGGUUUUACAGCUCCGAGUGCUGAGCAAGCCGUGGUCGAGCAGGUGUCAAACUGGCUGGACAUGCAGAGGCAGAUGCUGGAGCAGCAGCUUGGAAUUCACGCUGCCGACGACACCCAAGAAAACAGAGAAUGUCUGAAGGCUGCGCAUGGCACCCAAAGUACGACUUCCACUCUUUGA